CCAUAAAUCCUCCUGCGGAGGCAAGAUCGAGGUCUAUACCGCGUCGGGCCGAUCGCCUUGGUAACCGGCCGUCAAAACACCAAGGCGCUAGUACGUCAACGGGCGUCAUCGCGAAGAGCUUGCUCCGUCACUAGCACUCCGGUGGAUCGUGGUGCGAUCGUCUUACCUUGCGGCAGCGAUCGCGAAGCCCGGUUGGCGCGGUUGGAGAACAUCGAUUCGCGACUGAGAUGACCGCCAGCGUGGAAUCCGUUCGGCGUCACUCGGAAUGUAGAAGCUGACGUCGACGAGAGUGCGAUUCCGUCGGGAACGGGCGUCUCCGGGUGAUUGAAGCAUGAACGCAGGGAAUCCCUGGACCGUUCGCCUCGCGCUCAUCAUCUUUGCCUUCUUCCAAAGAGGGUGGGCCAUCGACUGUUUCAAGUGUGUCUCGAUCGAUGGCGACAACAAACCGUGCGAUGACCCAUUUCACAACAAUGGGAGCCUUGCUUUCUUGGAGUCGCCCUGCUUGGGAGGCCGAAAAGGCCGGGAUGGCCUCUUUCCAGCGACAGCUUGCAUCAAGAUUGCCGGCGUAUACGAUGAGUCCGGCGUUUCCUUGAUGGUGAGAAGCUGCGCGUUAGACAGUGGAACUUUGACAACCGAUUCCGAGAUUAUCAGAAUGUCCCACUGCGGUGGUUUCUACUUUGACGACAAAUACGUGCGGGGGUGCGUGCAGUCGUGCAGCGAUGCGGACGCGUGCAAUGCGUCACCGAGGAAACUGGCGCCUCUGUUCGCGCUGAUAUUGCCGAUUCUCGCGGGACUCGCGUAAUUCCCGCUUUCUGCGACUCGUUACAACAAAGCAUAUGAAUGCGACUGAUAGUCCCUCGGAAAUAAAGUGAUCGGGGGCGAGCAAGUGGACCGUGCAGGAAAUUACGAUGUACCUUGCGACCACGGACGUUGUAGUGGAUAUUAAUGUACGACCACAAUUAACGGCGAUCUUUCAUUAAUCAUAAUAAUUCUUACGAUGCAUGGGAAGCAGACCACAUAGUGAAUACUGCCAGGUUUUACGAUUAAGCUUUAGUCAUUAUAUCGCAAGCAUAUAGUCCACGUCAUUUAUUCUGACUAUCAUUAGCGAUAUGUAUAACAUAAUAUUGAUCAUAUAAUAACAGCUUGAUAUCAAUAAAGCGUAUAUUGAAAUA